UCGGGCUUAAUUCCCCUGGUUUAAUGCCUGCCAGGUUAAAUUCGGGGAACAUUUCUCCUAUGUAAUUUAACAACAAGCCAAGAUGGCGGCCGCCGUAGUUCGGGGUCUCGGCUCAACUUUGGCCAAAAACCUCCGUGAAGUCCGAAUCCACUUCUGCCAAACCUCCGCUGCAAGCAAGGGGGCCAGAGACUUUGUGGAGCAGCACUACGUGGAUCUGAAGCGAGCCAACGCAGAUUUCCCCAUCAUGGUCCGAGAAUGUUCUGGUGUGGAGGCCCGACUUUGGGCUCGUUCUGAUUUUGGGAAGGAACGCAGCAUCUCCCUGGACAACAUGUCUGCAGAUCAGGUGGCCCAAAGUCUACAAAACCUGGUUCAGUCCAAACCGUGACGGAUCUGUGAAAACCGUAACACCACCUCCAGAAACAAAAGAAGUCUCGUUAUGUAUUGUUCUGAAUUCCAAACAAGUAAAACGUUAUGUUGUCAAUGUAAAACUGAUUGAAAUACUGUAUUGUCAAUUUGUUCUGUGUUUGGUUCAUGUGCACCAGUCGGUCCUAGCGAUCCUUCCGCAGUGACGCUUGACUCCCGAGGGGGGCAGCAGAGCUCGAGUCCCAAAUACAACCAUUGUUAGUUUGACAAUGUUUGACUGUCAUUUCAAAAUAACAGCAAUUUUAGGCUAAAACGCCAGCAAAAAAAGGUGAGCACACCCC